UGUUCCCGCCCCGAUGUCGAUGGCAGAUUUUUGUUUUGGAAACAGGGGAAUGUGGUCAAGGGUGUGAAGACAUCGGCUGGAAAAGGAUUUGAGAAUUUGAGAAUUGUUUUAGUGAUUUUUGGGGUCGAGAGAAUAAGACGGCAGCCUUGCUGUUUGGGUUCCGAGAGAGAGAGCGAGAGAGAUUAUGGUUUUAUGCUGACUUUUACAAGAUUGCUGGAGUUUUUAAGCUGAUUGAGGUGACUGUCGGUGUGAGAUUUUAAUGCGAAGAGCUGCGCAUUGGGAAGUACCAGAGAAUUAAACCAUUUGAGGGGGUGGACGCUUAAUUUCUCGACAUGGAGAAGGUGUUAAGCGUAUUCAAGCCUAAACCUAGUCCUCAAGAGCAGCUGCGUGAGUGGCAACGCAAGCUGCGACAGGAGGCACGCAACCAAGAGCGUCAGAUUCGUGAAAUCCAACGGGAAGAGAAGAAUGUACAGAAGGCUAUCAAGGAGGCUGCCAAACGCAACGACAUGCAAUCGGCGAAGUCUUUGGCCAGAGAGCUUGUGAGUUCCCGUAAGGUGGUUGGGCGCCUUUAUGAGAAUCGUGCACAACUCAACUCCAUAUCGAUGCAUCUGGGAGAGAGUUUGGCCACUGCACGAGCAGUAGGGCACUUGCAAAAGAGUACUGAGGUUAUGACCCUUGUCAACAAGCUCAUGAAGGCUCCUCAAGUGGCGGCUACCAUGCAAGAGUUGUCGAAAGAGAUGAUGAGGGCCGGAGUAAUGGAAGAAAUGCUGAAUGAGGGUUUGGACUCGGCUCUCGACAACGAAGACAUGGAAGAAGAGGUAGAGGAGGAGGUUGACAAGGUGUUGUCUGAGCUUGCUGUGGAGACUGCCGUCCAGCUACCAGCAGCAGGGGCAAGCAGAGAGAAGCCUGCUAAGGAACGUGUGAAGCCUGCUUCUCAGGCUGCCAGAAAGCAACAAGAAGCGGCUCCAGCUGCGGAGGGUGGCAAUGACGACGAAGAGCUGGACGCUUUACGUGCUCGCUUGGCCAGUGUGCGCUCAUAAAGCAAUUUAUUGCACUUCUUUCAAGGAUAACAUGACCCGCUGGAUCACUACCUCUCCAAACAUCUGGUGUCUGAGAAUCGGAAAGCUCAAAUGGAGGAACAGUCUCCAUUGCAGUUGACUGCAGUACAUUAGAGAUGUUGGAAAACAGGACAGACUAGAAAGAGAGUAGACGCUUAGCUUUGCCAUGUGAAGCAUGAAGCACAGCUCCAUGUCCUUUGCCACGUUUCAGAACAGCAGCUGUAAACGUAGGACAACACCAACAUCUGAUUUCCUGCUGCUGCUUUAGCUCUGAGUACGCAAGCAACUCGAAUCACUGCACAAAACUUUCCUCUCGUAUUAAUUUGUAAUUAUGCUCCCGGCAAAGUUGGUGAAAAAUCAUUGAAUACUACUGCUUUGUUACGCAA